AUGAGCGAUCGGAGCCUGAAAAAGUCUCUCUCCGGAAAAAGCAACCGCCCCAAUGAAAUCGUCGUUGAAGAUGCCGACGAGAACUUGGAUCUCAUCUCAGUCAACCGUGUUGUGAUCACUUCUUUCAAUGCUGUUUUGAAUAAACCAGGAAGACGUUCUUUCGAACAAGCUAAAAUUGCUAACCCUGAAUCCGACGAUGACAAGAAACAUGGAAAUGACCCGCGGCUUUACACCAUUCCUGAGGUUCCGUUAGGAACUCUUUCUAGAUUGGUUCUAGAAGCUAGAAACGUGACUUCCAAGCUUCAGUCCAUUUCUACUACAAAGGCUGCUUCAAAGACUGAGAGCGAUCCAUCCUCAAAACCAACGCGAAGCAAUUCAACAAUACGACCCUCCAACAUUCCCACACUUCGUCCCUCCAACAUUCCAACACUUCGUCCCUCAAACAUUGGCCCCACAUUUCCAACUGUCGUCAGAUCCUCUUCAGCCCCCAAGAAGACAACCACAGCUUCAGCUUCAGCUUCGGUUUUGGUUUCAUAUCCAAAGAGAACUGUCUCUCGAUCUCUAACUCCCGUAUCACGCAAAACACCAGCAUCAAGAUCUCCAACUCCUUCAAGAAUCACUACAACUACUACUACUUCAAUCACUCCUUCCUUUAAAAAAGCUGGAGACGCUCAAAGAUCAAGAUCGUUGACUCCAAGGUCAAAGCCUCAGAUUGCAGCAACUUCAGCUCCACUUUCAAGUAAGACCAGUGUGCGUUCUGUGUCUGUGACAUCACGCCCAUCAGUUACAUCAACACCUCGGACACCGCCGAGACUAAAAGAAACAGUCACUCUAGCGUUUGGUAGACCAGUGGGAACCACCACAGGGAAUGUAAACUCGCCAAAACGAAACACCUCACCGGAUGUUACAAGAACGAGGCCUAAAGGACGUUCUGCUUCUCCUUCUUCUCUGAUUCCUACUUUUUCAGGCGUCUCGCAUACAUCCGCAACUCAAAAGUCUACAACUGUUACGGAUUCAAAGAGAUCUGGAAGAAAAGUGUCAAAAGCUUCGGUCCAAAUUGCUAACAAUCACUUGGAGGCACGAAAUGGGAAAGGGGGCACAAAUCCGUUUUCGAGCACAAUGUUGUACCCACACAGCAUCAGGUCUUCUUCUUUAAGGAAAAGGUGUGAUAGUAGUGAAGGAAGCAGCAGCAGCAACCAUGAAGAGGAAGAAGGGAAAAGCUUAACGAAAGAAGGAAACACAGAUCAGAAGAAGGAUAGUGCUCGUUACGAAGCACUCUUGGAUGUUAAAGAUGUGAAAGAUACUAACUGGCUACUUACCCUUGAUGAUGAAACUAAUCCUUCUCUCAUCUUCGACAACGCUUUCGACUCUCCUCCUGAACCAUUCUCUCCUCUUUGA